AUGAGCGACCUCGACAAAGCGAUUGCGCAAUUGCGCGCGUGUCGCCCGAUCCCCGAACCUCAAGUCCGCGAACUCUGCUACAAGGCGCGCGAACUGCUCAUCGAAGAAGGCAAUGUCGUGUGCGUCGAUGCCCCCGUCACCAUCUGCGGCGACAUCCACGGCCAGUUCCACGACCUGAUGGAACUCUUUCGCGUCGGCGGCGACGUCCCGGACACAAACUACCUCUUCAUGGGCGACUUUGUGGAUCGGGGCUUCUACAGUUUGGAGAGCUUCCUGUUGCUUCUGUGUUUGAAGGUCAGAUAUCCGGACCGCAUCACCCUGAUUCGCGGCAACCACGAGUCGAGGCAGAUCACCACCGUAUAUGGGUUCUACGAUGAAUGUAUCAGGAAAUACGGGAGUGCGAAUGUCUGGCGGUAUUGUUGCGAAGUCUUUGACUAUCUGGCGCUGGGGGCGUUGAUCUUGGGAGCAACCACCGACGUCCCGCCUCCGACAGGCGGGGCAAUGGUUUCCUCGAUGAACGACGUCAAUACGCAAUCCACACUUCCUUCGGAAGAUGAAGACCUUGAAUCCGAGGUCCUCAACGCCAACGGGGAAAUCAUCUCCAAGACUCUCCGUCGCCAGUUUGCUGGCCUCUCAAUGAACUCACAACAGUCACAAGCCUUCUCUGAUGGAAGUCGAAUAUCUCCCGCGCCGGACGUCGACCUCCCAUCAUCUCUCGAUGCCCCUCAAUCCUCACCGAGUCAGCCGCCUCCCUCGCUCUUCCAACCUCCCACGUCUUCGACCGGCGCAGUUCUCUGCGUCCACGGUGGUCUGUCUCCGCUGGUUGAAACCGUAGACAAAAUCCGUCUCAUCGACCGCAAACAAGAAGUGCCCCACGAAGGCGCAAUGUGUGAUCUUCUGUGGUCUGACCCGGACGAGAUCGAAGGCUGGGGGCUCAGCCCGCGAGGCGCGGGAUUUCUCUUUGGCGCAGACAUCGUUAGACAUUUCAACCACGCCAACGACCUGUCGUUGAUUGCGCGGGCGCAUCAAUUGGUCAUGGAAGGGUAUAAGGAGAUGUUUGACAAGACGAUCGUGACGGUCUGGAGCGCCCCUAACUACUGCUACCGGUGCGGCAACGUAGCCGCAAUCCUUGAGCUGGGCGAGGACGGGUCCAACGGCGGCUGCAUACAGAGGGCGAACGGCGACCAAGGCCGCAGAGAACCUGUGGGAGGCGAUGGCAGUGGCGGUGGAGCCGGCGUGCUCUGGAACCUCGCCACGCCGGGGAGGAGAUAUAGAGUCUUUGAGGCCGCACCGCAAGGCACGAGAGGCAUGCCUGCGAAGAAGCCGGUUGGGGAAUAUUUCUUGUAA